GUCUCGUGGCCUCAAUUCCAUCACUCGGUCUCCGUGUGCGUGUGGCUGCCGGCCUGCCGGCUCGUCUCGUCUCCUCCGGUUCGGUUCUCGCGCCGUGGAUAAGCCACGGCCAUCGGACGGAGGCGGAGGGGCAUGGCGCGAUCAGGAGCCGUUGAUCGGACCAAUGACGUGCGAACGGGUCGGGUCUUAGCCGUCGGAUGGAGGCGACGGUGUAUGGGUGGGAGGUAGGUAUAGCCGUCGGUUUUCAACCGGCGUUCGCGCCAACACGGCAGCGUUAAAAGCUACCGAGUACUAGACUCCAUGAGUUCUUGGUCCAGCUCAAGGAAGGCGAUCGAAGGCUAAGUACGCGCUAGCGAGUGUGAGGUGUUGACAUGGACGGAUCGGGCGGUGAUGGGGCUCCGGCGGCGGCGGGCUCCGGCACCAGCCUGAGCGACUACCUCGACGGGCCGGACGCCAUCCACCUGCGCGCCGCGUCGCUCGCCAUCGUGCGCUCCGGGGCGGCGGAGGGCGGCCCGCGCGUCGUUGAUGGGUCCGGAAGGGCGGAGCGGAGGGCGCGCUCGCCGCGCCGCCUCUCUCUGUCGUCCUGGCUCGGGGCGCGUCCUAGGGCUCCGGCUGGCGAGAAGGUGGCGGCAGUUGUGGAUUCGAGGAGCCCAGUUUCCGCCGCGGAGAUGGAGGGUAGUAAAAAGAGGCCGUCGGCAUGGAGGAGCUGGAAGCCGGUGCGCGCGCUGUCCCACAUCGGGAAGCGCCGCGCGGGGUGCCUGUUCUCGAUCGAGGUGGCCGCCGUCCGCGGCCUACCGGCCUCCGUGGAGGGGCUCCGCCUCGCCGUCACCGUCCGCAAGGCGGAGACCAAGGACGGAGCUGUGCAGACCAUGCCGUGCCGGGUGCGCGACGGCGCCGCGGACUUCGACGAGACGCUAUUCGUCAGGUGCAACCUCUACUUCACCGGCGGCGCGGGCACCGGGAAGCCGCUGGAGCUCGAGCCGCGGAGGUUCGUCGUGUCCGUCAUCGCCAUCGAGGCUCAGGCUCGGGGCGUCCGCCUGGGGACGCACACCGUCGACGUCACCUCGCUCGUGCUCGACUCCGUCGAGAAGAGCUCCGAGGGACGCCGCGUCAGGUGGUUCGACAAGACGUUUGCACUCUCCGGCAAGGCGGCCGGCGGCGAGCUGCUGCUCAAGCUGGGGUUUCAGCUCAUGGAGGACGCAGGGCUCAGCCUUUACACGCAGGCGGAGGAGAGGGAUAUGUCUCCGGCCGCUCGCGCGAGGGCUCACACCAAGAAUUCGUUCAGUAUCUCAAGUACUACGCCCAAGCUUUCGGCAUCCGAUGCUGCCAUCUCACCUUCCAUGAGAGCUUACAAGCAGCUAGUUAACAGGAUUUGCAUCGACGAGAAUGAAGAUCCUGUAACGUCUUUAAUGCCUCGGAAGCCCGGCGACGACGAGCUUUCCGCAGCCACCACCGAUGCUGGGGACGUGUACAGCCUCCCGGAGUACGAGGUGGUGGAGAAGGGCGUCGAGACGGUUAAAGAAGUUGUCCGUUACCAGGCCCACCGCGACGUGCUGCGGGAGCUCGACUCCAUUGCGGAGCAGAUCGAGGCCAUCGAGGCGUUGAUGACCAACGGCGGGAAGAAGUCGCCGAACGCGGUGGAUCGGCAGCAGCGCCUCGACGCGGAUGAAGAGAUGGUGACGGUAGAGUUCCUUAGGAAGCUCGACGUGGACGACGACAAUAAGAAGCUCAAGCAGCCCGUGACGCUACGAAGCCAGUCGCCGAGGAAGGCGGCGACUCCGCCCGUGGUGCCUGACUUGGGGCGGAGCCUCGGCCCCGCCGUGCAAACGCGCAACGGCGGAUUCUUGGUUUCCAUGAACCCGUUCGACUUGCCGCUGGGGAGCGGAGAUGGUCCCCCGAAGCUCGCCAUGCAAGUGUCCAGGCCGUUCGUGCUGCCGGGCGCCAUGGCCGCCACCGGGUUCGACGUGCUGCAAAAGAUGGCGGUGGCGGGCGACGCCGACGAGGUGCGCCGCAAGGUGGCGUCGCUCGGGGACAUGGAUAACCUUACGGGGAAGACGCCCGAGCAGGUUGGUUUCGAGGGCAUCGCUGAGGCGGUCAUCGGUGGGCGGCGCACCGAUGAGAUCGCGAGCUCGACGGCGGCACGGUCCGUGCGGCUCGUCCGGAAGCUCGCCGCCGCAGUGUCCGAGGGCCGGAGCGAGCGUGUCGCCACGGGCAUCUGGAGGGUGAGGGACGACCCGGAGACGCUGGAGGAGGUGCUCUCCUUCUCCCUGCAGAAGCUGGAGGCCAUGGCCGUGGACGCACUGAUGAUCCAAGCCGAGAUGGCUGACGAGGACGCGCCGUUCGAUGUGGCGCCGGCCGCGGGAGACACGAGCGUGUUCGACUCCCUGGUGCCCUCCGACCAGUGGUCCGAGUCCCGCGGCUCGGACGGCCGCGUCACGCUGGUGGCGGCCAUCCAGCUGCGCGACCCGUCGCGGCGCUACGAGGCGGUGGGCGCGCCGAUGGUCGCCGUCGUGCAGUCGGCCAGGAUGCUGGGCGCAGCCGGCCACAGCGCCGGGAGGUUCAAGGUGCGGAGCCUGCAGGUCGGCGGCGUGCAGAUGAGGUGCCCCGCGUCCGGAGCCGGCGGGAAAGCGAGCUGGGGCGCGGAGAGGCAGAAGCUGACGGCGACGCAGUGGGUGCUCGCCCACGGGCCGGCCCGCGCCGGCAAGAGGGCGACGAAGCCGACGGCGCCGGCGAGGGCGAGGCUGCAGCGGCCUGAAGUCGUGUGGAGCCUGUCGUCGAGGGUGUUCGCCGGGAUGUGGCUCAAGACGAUGCGCAACCCGGACGUGAGGAUUGGCGCCGGCCGCACGUGAGAUCAUUUGCAGACUGCAGCGUGAGUACGUGCAUGCGCGCUUCGAGCUAGAUUGCAUGGUAUUUCAUAGAUUUCAGCGGUACACAUAUAUGUAGAUGCGUAACAUCAGGGUAGAAUUUUGGUGCAAAUAAGUUGGUGCAAACGUGUAAAUAGUAAAUGUCACCUAUCUGAUCAUCAUCCGAAGGUGUUGAUAAUACUAUCUCACCAGUAGCAUUCAGAUGAGGAUCGGGUAAAUGAUAUUCACUGUUUGCACUCAUUUGUCAGUUAGGUCUUCAUGUGAUCAUUCAUGUUGCUAUGGCUUGGAUCAAAGCCUGAUUACGCUAUUGUUUCGAUAAGAGAUUGUCUCCUAAUCCAGAAUAAAAAAGAUUGGAAUUGUC